AGCAAUCUGUACAAUUUCCGGAACGCUCGAAUACGACGCAAGUGAUGCAUAGAAAGCAUGUAUACUGCUAUAUACGUAUAAACUACCUUGUACUGUAGUUAUAGGCUGCAACGCUAUUAUCAUUAGGAUCACAUAUCCUUCGUAACCUCGAGCGGCAGUGAUUUGACAAAGGUAGCAGUGCUGCUAUUUUAAAUAGCAUACCUGAUUGUUCCUGAUAAUUUCUGGAUUUGUCCCUGAUUCUGGAGGAUUGCAUUGUGUUUCAAGGACCAAAAUGGAUGCUGAAUAUCUGAGAAAACAUGUCGGCAAGUGCUUAGUAGAGGGACUGGCAGAGAUUGCAGAGAAACGACCUUUGGAUCCCAUUGAAUACCUUGCUUUUUGGCUCUAUAAGUACAAAGAUAAUGUGAACGAGGAGGAAGAGAGAAAGCAAAAGCAAGCCCAGCUUGAAAAAGAACAGACAAUUGCUCUGAAGGAAUUAGAACUGCAGAAGCAGAUGAAAGAAGAAGAAGAAAAAAUUAAACAGGCUUAUCUUGAGCAGCAGAGGAAAAAAUAUACUCCCGUUACUGAACAACUUAUUUCCAAGACCUCUGCAGCAUAUGGAGCACCGCACUUGCCUCCAGUUCAUGAAGUUGAUGAAACUGGCAAACUGGAUGCACAACCUCCUGAAAGUGUUCCAGCUGAAACUUCUGAGAUAGCGGCACCUCCUCAGGAUCAACCUGUUCAGGAAGCAGAUAAUGCUGCACUGCCUGUAGGAAAAAUCAUCGGUCAGCAAUGGGGAACAGAUGACGUGGCUAUACAAGGCACAUCCUUUCUAGAUGGAAAUAAAUGGGAGUAUGCACAAAGCUCAUCAGAAUACCCUAGUGAUAUAGAUACAUGGAGCAGUUUGCAUAUGGCAGCUAUAACAGAUGCAGAAAAUCCAUUAGAGAAAAUGGGCAAGGAUACAGAGCAGGGUCCUGAUGGUAAACCUUCCGAAAUAACUAAUGAAAGUAGUUUAUUGGGUCUGUCAGUGGAUGCUAAUCCAGUAGAUAUACGUGACGAGAUGAAUGCAAACAAUUCAUUAGAUGAUGGCGGUGCAGAAACAGAACGGUCUUUAUAUUAUGAAGGUGGUCAACAAGAGAAAGUGAAAAAUGGACAAGAGGAAGUAGAGCCUUCAACAUCUGAGCAGAUGGAAACAUCAAAAGCACAGGAUGAAGAUGAGGAUAAAGCAGAUAUGCAUUCAGCAGUACAGCAGGAUGUUAUAGAACAAGUAAAGAAUGAAGUUGGAGAACCUACAGAAGUCUAAGGCCAACAGG